UUUGGAUUGCAUCCAAGAGAAGGAAGGAACGAAUGAAAAGUAGGAGACUACCUUUCUCCUAAGAUGUGCGCUAGAAACUUAUUUCUUUCAUUUCUUUGCAAUGCACGCAACUAGAACGAUCAAAUAACGAAGACGUGAUAAUUUUGUAUACAUUAUUUAUGCCAAAUUAUAUUUUUACGUGAUAUUAGUCCGUUUAAUCAUUCCAUAUGCGAAGUUUAUAUCGGUAAUAGUAUAUAAUAGCUUAUAGUGAUUUGACAAUGUGAUAUUUUCGAAUGAAUGCUGAUUAUUUUUUAGUACAUUUCAUAAUAUAUUUUAAGUGAAAGAAUCGAUUCCGUUAUUCCUCUAUACGAAAAUGAGGGGAAAAAAUGAGCAAAAACAUGGAUAUUCAGAAAAAGAAGUGGACUUCACAGAUGUAGUAGAAUUAAAACUGCAGACGCUUUUAAAAGAAGGAGCAAGUACUUUUAUGGAUUUCGAAUGGCUGGAACCAAAAUUGCCGUCCUUUUUCGACGAAAAAAAAUUUCUUCUUGGUCAGCAGAUGUUUUAUAACAACGCUUUCACCAUGAUGAUUGCCAAACUAUGUGGAUUAUUAUCUUUAUUCACUAUUCCAUCGAUCAAGAAUGUUUUAAUGUUCACUGGACAAAGUAGUACACUAUGUGCCGCGUUUCAUAGAUACGUAUCCACUAUUUUCCACAAUUGGAUUUGGUAUGGAAAAAGACCCGGUAUAGAAAAAGAAUUUCUCGAGUCGUUGAAAAUUGUGCGAAAAAAACAUUGCAUAGCGUUUCGAAGAAGUUCAGAAGCAGGGCUAAACAGAGUCUCGCAACUGGAUAUGGCAUUGACUCAAUUUGGAUUCAUGGGUUUCACCCUUUUGGGCGGUGACUAUCUUGGGGUGAAUAACAAUUUCGAGGAACUAGAAGGACUGAUUCACUUCUGGCGAGUCAUUGGCAAUAUGUUGGGCAUGGAAGACAAAUACAACAUAUGCAGUGGAAGCGUUGAAGAAACACUUAUUCUUUGUAGACGACUUCUAGACGAAGUUUUCCUUCCAUCACUCGCAUCUAGUGAUAAAGAUUUCGAGGAAAUGAGUCGUGUUUUAAUCGAAUCUCUAUGGUGUGUGAAUCCUUAUUUGAAUUCAACCGCUUUCAUCCAAUUCACACUUAUUUUUGCAUCAAGUAUUGCUACGAAUAAUAAUCAUUCGUUAAAAAUAGCUCCGUCAAAUAUGUCGUGGUACAGCAGGUUUAUAUUGAAUCUUCAGUUAUUUACACACAAAUACCUGCUAUCAUCUUCUUAUUGGUGGUCCAGAUUCUUCAGGCUGUUCUUCAAUAGUCAAAUUCGAUUGGCGAUUUAUUUGACGGAAAAUUUGCCAUUUCUGGCUUUCUGGAACUACGGUAUAAAACAUUCUUACGUCAAUAUAUAUAAAUAUCACGUCAAUAUCCGAUCUUAAACAGCAAACGAGCAAUUUGAAACGAUGUACAUAAUUUUAUGAUAUUAUAUAAAACGUUAACUUAUUAUGUAUCAAUAAGAUACAUAUCAAAAUAUAUUUUGUAAAUGAUUAAAGUAUAAGUUAAUAGCUUAAGAUCAAUUUUAAAUAGAAAUUAGAUUUAGAAAAUAAGGAUUGUAAUAGUUUUACGUUAAUUAUUGUACCUGCAGUGACAAGAAAAUUCGUGCUUAGAGAAUAAUUUGUAAAGCUGUAUUUAAAGUUAUGUAUUGACUAAAUGUAAAUAUAGAUAUUUUUGUACA